UGCGACGUCAUCAUGACGCUCCCCAGUGCAGAGAAGGACCCCUCCCGGUAUUUGGAGCCCGGGCUGGCGCGACUACACCGCUGCCGGAUGGCAAUCUGGGAUUUGCGCUUCGAGGUUCUCACCGGGCGGAAGGCCGCGGGAACUGUGGCGCGCGACUGACAGGCGCAGCCGAAGGCAGCCCGCUGCUGUACGGAGAAAGGCAGGGCCUGGGCUCCGGGCGUCGGGAGGAGGGAACGGUGGGCAGAGGGACACGGAGCGGACGGGUUUCAAGUCUCCAGGGAGGACCUGCACCCACAAAAGAACAUGGAGCAGCAGGACUUGUCAAAGGAGAGGAGUCCCCACAGCCCGGGAGCUGACAUCUGUGAGAGUACUGAGCCUGAGAGAGGUUAAGAAUUAAUAACCAUGAGAGCAGUAAUGUCAGUGCCCUCCAGCCCAAGACCACCCAGCAGGAAUACACCUAUAGUUGAGUGCCACAAGGAAGCACACACACCAUGGGGAGCCAGGUGGUCUCAGUAAGAGCGUGCCACCCAGGGGCCCUGCAGUGCACCCGAUGCCUCAUCACCUUCAUCGAUUCCAAGUUCCAGGAGCGCCACAUGAAGCGGGAGCACCCAGCGGACUUCGUGGCCCAGAAGCUGCAGGGGGCCCUUUUCAUCUGCUUUACCUGCUCCCGCUCCUUCCUCUCCUCCAAGGCCCUGAUCGCCCACCAGCGCAACCACGGUCUGGUCACCAAACCCUUGCCACCAGCUGCACCCCCCAGCCCCCAGCCCUCCUUCCCCUGUCCUGACUGUGGCAAGACCUAUGGGUGGGCAUCUUCUCUGCGGCGGCACCGCCAGGUGCACAAGGCCCGUGCAUCCGGCCCCUUUGCCUGCACUGAGUGCGGCCAGGACUUUGUCUGGGAAUCCAGGCUGCACCACCACUACAUCCAGCAUGCCCGCGGGGAGCUCUGGGGGCCUUGGAGGGAUUUGCUUCCCUCCCCAGGGAGGCAAAGGGCUUCUGAUAAAUAGGAUGCAGACGAUACACAUUUGGAGCUUCAGUAUUUGGAGGACAUGGAGGCCUUUAGAUUAAGAGUAAAAUCAGGCAACAGUGAGAUCUGUUUUCAGUAAAAAUGUUAUUUGUUUUCCCCUCAUUCCCAAUUAAAUAGUUUAAAAUCCCAACCUGCUGCAGAUUGGGUAAUCACG